AUGAGUGGUGGUGUCUACGGUGGAGACGAAGUCAGUGGUGUGGUAUUCGAUGCAGGCUCGCAUAGCCUACGUGUCGGCUUCGCUGGAGAGGAAUAUCCAAAGUUUCAGGGCGAUAUUCCUUCCUACGUAGCUGUUCAAGAAGUUGAAGCGGAUGAUGACGUGGAAAUGAAAGAAGGUGCAGAACCGACCAAUGUAAAGAAGAAGCGAAAUAUGUUCAUUGGAACAACGAAAAUCGUCGUUCCAAGGCCGAAUACAACUAUUCAAAGCUUCAUGAAGGAUGGCAUGAUUGAGGAUUGGGAAAUGUUCGAGAAUCUUUUGGAUUAUUCUUACAAUGAGGUUCUUCAUAGUGAAACGCAAUAUCAUCCUGCUUUGUUUACUGAGAGUGCGUCAUUCGUUCGGCUAUUUAUAUUGGCCUAA